AUGGAAUCAUUUGGUUCAUCGGAUCAAUUGGAGGGCUCGGAUGCAAAGGAGAAAGGUGGACUCGUUUAUCCAAAAGGCACGUCUACUGCAGAAUCUACGCAUGUUUUCAAAAAGCCGCAGUGCUCUGUCUUUGGUCUUGAUAAACUUGCUGCUAAAAAACGAGCCGAGUCCAAGGAUAGCCAAUCAACUGUUUCUCUUUAUAAACAGAGAAAUUAUCGAGAACCCCGUAUAGAAACGCCUUCCUACGGAGGUGGUGUUAGUAAGGAUUAUGUUGACUCACAAUUGUACAAGAAAAGUCGUUUGCAAGCUGAAAAAUUCAAAGCGGGUUUGGUCUACAAAACUGGUGAACCAUUCAAGCCUAAAUAUAAAGGUAAUGCGUCUUGUUUAUAUUGGUCUAAUUAUAUUUACUCUCUUAAAUUUUAUUGA